ACACCAAGAGCUCGGCAGUAGGAAGCUCUGUGUGUGCUGUCAGCUGAUAGAACCGGAGAGAGAAGAUGGCGGGCGGUCUGGUACGUGGUAAGCUGAUCGCGGUGAUCGGUGAUGAGGACACCUGCACCGGCUUCUUGCUCGGAGGGAUCGGGGAGCUUAACAAGAACCGGAAGCCGAAUUUCCUGGUGGUGGAGAAGGAGACGAGCGUAACGGAGAUUGAGGAGACGUUCAGGGGUUUCCUACAGCGUGAUGACAUCGGAAUUAUACUGAUUAACCAAUUCAUUGCUGAGAUGAUCCGGCAUGCCAUUGAUGCGCACAACCUCUCCAUCCCAGCCGUGCUUGAAAUCCCAUCGAAGGAGCACCCAUAUGAUGCCAACAAGGACUCUAUACUGCGCCGCGCCAAGGGCAUGUUCACAUCGGAUGACUUGCGAUAAUUUGCCCAUCCCCGUCUGGAGCCUUCCUAUCAUGGUGUUGUGUAACUCCCUAUAUGAUUUUGUAGCCCGAUAGGAAAAUGUAAUUUCCCAUUUUAUUUACCCUUUUUUUGUGUUUUAUUUAUUCCUGCUGUCCACUCCUGUAUGUUACUUACUGUGUGACCAAAUUAUCUAACGCUUGUUCAGCAGCCGUCUAGUCUUGUUCCAUUGGUGAAUGUGAUGCUCGGGUCAUGAUGGUAAAGAUUGGUGGAGGAGAUGCUCGUGUCAGUCCCAUCACUGCGUCCAUGUACUAAACCACACAGAGUGAAAGUGAUGAGACCGAUGGGCAGCACUUCACGUCUUGUCUAGUUAUUUUAGGUUACACCCAUUUGUCAAGGCUUUGAUAUCCAUGUCCUUCAUUCUAAGAGAUGUUCAUACUAUGGAAUUACCAUAUCAGUCAGAUGCAUCCCAGGAUUAGAUUGUGAAGACCCGUGACUCUAACAAUCCAGCCAGUUCCUGAGGCUUGUUCUCGGUGUGCUUAAGUAACCACCUCACCCAAAAAACCCUAUUGGGUCUCUGCUUUGGCCUAGGGCUACAUGGCGACUAAAAUGAUUGCAAUGUCACAUUGUGACAUCCCAAGUGAUGGUUGGGAAUGUGGUCACAUUGUGACUUAGAACCAAAUAUAUCUGGAAUGCAACAGUUGCAAAAACUCCAAACCUGAUGGAUUUUUGGUCACAAGUUGCACACAUUUCACUUGCGGCAUGUCUGGAUAAAAAAAAAUAAUAUGUAUACAUUAGGUAAAGGGGACCUAAACCUUUGGGGAAACCACGACUGUUCGGCAGCGCUCCUCAGAGGGCUCAGCGCCAUUGGGUUUAAUCUGCUUUCCCUGCUUAUAAUAUAUGGAUCCAUACUCUGGACCCUGGAAAAGCGGUGCAGAGCGCUCUGAGAAGUGCUGCUGCCCAAUUGUGUGUUAACCAAAGGUUUACAUCUCCUUUAUGUGAUGCCCGUCUCGCAGCCGCACCUUCAAAUAGUUGUGACACCACACACAUUCCUGUGCCAUCUUUAAAGGGAUUAUCCUGGAAAGGAUAUUUAUGACCUAUCCGCAUCAUAUUGGCAGGUGUCCAAGUCUUGGCACCCAUGGCGAUCAGUUGUUUCAGGAAGCCGUGGUGCUCAUUGGAGAUCCGGUGAGCGCUGUGGCCUGCCGGCAGCUCACCAAGCUAAGAGUGCAACUCGGCCCCAUUGAUUUGGCUGCAACUAGGCCAUGUGACUGAUGUACGGUGACGUCACUGGCCUAGGAAUAGGCCGCCACGCUCACAUGGCGCCUGGCCUCUUCUAACGGCUGCUUGACGGGGGUCCUUGAGGAUAGGUCGUGAAUAUCUUUUCCCUAAUAUCCCCCUCAAGAGCACUUUAGUGUUCGAAACCUGUAGGCCGUAAUUCUUGUGCUUGUUCGUGUGAAUUUUACCUAGGAUAUUUAAUAAAGCUUCAGAACUUCAAUUUCCCAGACGCUGGGUUCCUUUUGCCACUAUUUACAUAUCACACACAUGGUUUGGUUUUCGUGUAGACCUUGGCUUAGGACUGUGGUGGGAGAUGCCGCUACCAGACCCAUGUCAUCUUCUGGUACGUCCGAUUGACCGCUCGGAGGAUCCUGACAUUGGAGUAUCUUUCUUAAGACCGAUCCGACAUGUCCGACUUUUUAGUCUGGCGGCUUUUGCCGUGCUGCGCCGGAGCUCCGCCCCCGUCCCCAUUAUAGUCAAUGGGGACGGAGCGGCGGCACGGCGAAAUAGCGGCAGGACGGAUCCGACAUGGUGAACAGCCUGUCAGAUCCGUCCUGCCGCAAGUGUGAAAGUACCCUAAGUACAUUGUGUCAGAUGUUUCACUGCGUAUGACUGUAUAGCUGUUUCCAUUGUUCAGAAAAUAGUGUGAGGGACCACGCUGCAUAUUUCUAUAGAAGUAUAUAACAGGAAGUGGGGUACCGGGACCGACUUGGUGUGCGGCAGCUCGCCUGAAUGGGCUUUGACAUUUCCUGCAUACCUUCCUCAGGAUUUUGUGAUCUUGAGUCUCCUUGUGAACGUUUUCUUAUUGUAUAGUUUCAAUAAAGACAUCACCACCAA